GCACAUACAUUUGCGGUCCAAAACAAUAGGUAAUUGUUCGCCAUACAAACAAACGGCUGAAUGAUCCCAACCCUAAGCCCAAACCUAAAAGCCCAACCCAAAAGGCAUCACAACACGAGGAAGCGGAAGGCUACGAGCCCAGCGGCGGCAAUUGCGACGGCGCUCCGUUCCAUGAACCUCCGAUCCAAGCUCUCUGCCCUCCUCAAGAACGCCUGCUCUUUUGUUGGUGGCGCCGUCGCUUCUGACUCCUCCGCUGCAGCCGCCGCGCCUUCGCCGCAUCCCGUCAAGCCCUUCUCCACCGCCACCGCCAUGGCCGACGCACCUACUAAGACCCUCCGCACCCGGCUCUGCAUCAUCGGCAGCGGCCCCGCCGCCCACACGGCGGCGAUCUACGCCGCCCGCGCGGAGCUGAAGCCUAUCCUCUUCGAAGGGUGGAUGGCCAACGACAUCGCCGCCGGCGGGCAGCUCACCACCACCACCGACGUCGAGAAUUUCCCUGGGUUCCCGGAGGGCAUCAUGGGUUACGAGCUCAUGGACCGGUGCCGCGCCCAGUCCCUCCGCUUCGGCACUGAGAUCCUCAGUGAGACUGUCACCACCGUUGACCUCGCCGUCCGUCCCUUCCGCGUGAUCUCUUCCUCCACCUCCGUCGAGGCGGACGCCGUCGUCGUUGCCACCGGUGCUGUCGCCCGCCGCCUUCACUUCACCGGGGCCGACGUGUUCUGGAACCGGGGGAUCUCGGCCUGUGCCGUCUGCGACGGGGCCGCGCCCAUCUUUCGGAACCGCCCGAUCGCGGUAGUCGGCGGCGGCGACUCUGCCAUGGAGGAGGCCAACUUCCUGACAAAAUACGGGUCGAGGGUCUACAUCGUGCACCGCCGGGAUACGUUCCGGGCGUCCAAGAUCAUGCAGGCGAGGGCUCUCGAGAACCCCAAGAUUGAGGUGCUGUGGAACUCGGAGGUGGUCGAGGCCUUCGGGGAGGCCGACGGCCCGCUUGCCGGUGUGAAGGUAAGAAACGUUGUCACCGGGGAGGUGUCUGAUCUCAAGGUGUCGGGACUUUUCUUUGCCAUCGGGCACGAGCCUGCCACCAAGUUCCUUGGGGGGCAGCUGGAGCUGGACUCCGAUGGUUAUGUCGUCACCAAGCCCGGGACAACACACACCAGCGUGAAGGGUGUCUUUGCCGCAGGGGAUGUGCAGGACAAGAAGUACCGGCAGGCUAUCACCGCUGCUGGAUCCGGAUGCAUGGCUGCUUUGGAUGCGGAGCAUUACCUGCAAGAGGUUGGAGCUCAGGAGGGAAAGACUGAUUGACUAUCCUCGGAUGUUUCGACUGAUUCUCCAAAGAUUUCAUCUUUGGUGGGAAAGUCAAAUCUUUGAAACUCAGUAUGAUUCAGACUGAAGUUGCCAGGCUCUUUGUGGUAGAAGAUGAACUUCUCAAUUUCUGUCAUCAUUUAGUUGCCAUUGGUUGUACUCUUGGCAUGUUGUAGACAGUGAAUUUACUGCAGCACAUCCCAUUGGUACCUUGGGAUAUUCUUAUUGUUUAAUCAAAGUCAACUUUUAUGGGUA